CGCCUCACUUCUUUAAAAGGAAAAAAAGAAGAUAUGGAUCUGGUAAAAAGUUCAAUGGAUAAAGGUUUAUUAUUAUUAGAGGCUAUUGAGCAAGUUUUGGCAAAUACGGAGGAAAAAAAAUGUGCUA